UUCUUGACAGGUAUGAUGUCAGUCACGAUCUACAGUUUGGUUUGGAUUGUUAUUCCGAAUCUGAUGACAUCACUGGGUCACCCACAACAUUCCGACAUUGAGAAAUGCAACAUUCACCACGAAGCCAAUGAAACAACAGUGGACUGUUCACGUCGUGGUUUCAACCGAGUCCCACAAGGAGUUCCACGAAACACAACAGUCCUUAACCUGGGUACCAACAACUUACCAAGCCUCAAGAAAGGAUCACUCCCCAACCUUCCUUUAUUACAUACACUGCUCAUGAAUGAUAACAACAUAGAGUUUCUGGAGGAAGGUGCUCUGCAAAGCCUACCUGCCCUUCAAGAACUAAACUUGGAUGGGAAUAAAUUGAACUUUUCUUAUUCCUCUCUUCCUCUUGGGACAUUCCAAAACCUGACAUCUCUGACAACACUCCAUGUGAGCAGAAUGAAGAUGCGGUUUACGUCAUUGACAUAUCCCGAUGCUACAUUUGCUGAUCUUCACCACCUCGAGUCACUGAUCAUUGACGGGGCUGGAGAACCUGUGUUUGGACCUGGCUUUGCACAGAUGAAGAGCCUGAAGAGUCUGAGUUUUGGAUCACAAUGCCUUAUCAGACGUUUGGGGAAAAACUCAUUUGUCAACUUCAGGGAAGCACCUGUCAGGGAUCUGUCAUUGUCAGCAUGUAGCAUUCUUAAUUUUCUGGAUGACAAUGUAUUCUUUCCUCUUCAUAAACUGAAGUUUCUGCUUGCAAGAGAAAUUGCUCCCUUUGGCCUGCAUGAGUCUUUCCUAAGCUUAAAAGGACUCAGUGGAAGGAACAUGACCGAAAUAGACUUUACACAUGUGAGUACAUAUCCUGUCACUGUUCAAGGUGUUAUGAAGAACCAGACUCUCGUGCUCAUGUCUGAGAUGACACGUUACCUUAAGACUAUGUGUGUUGAGCGACUGAUUCUAAGGAAUAAUGACAUCGUGGUCAUUGAAAGUAGUGCGUUAUUGAAGGAACCGUUUCAAAGUUGUAUAAAAUAUCUUGAUCUCAGCCACAAUUCUAUAAAAGGUGACCCUAGCUUGUUGUUUCAUUUCCCUGCAUUUGUUAACCUAGCUGUACUGGAUGUGUCAAAUCAGGUAUAUCAAGCGUAUCAUGGUAAUGGACAAGAUAGACAGUCCAAAGACUUAGCAAAACUAACCUCUAUUGGAAACAUGACACUUUUUCUUCCUCCAUCUUUGGAGAAACUUUUAUUAAGUGGUUCAGGAGCACAUGGAAGAUCUUUAGAGGGAACUAACAUGUGCUUUCUGGGAGGUAAUAACUUGUGGUAUUUGGAUCUUUCCUAUUCUGCCAUAAUAACGGAUAACGCACGUGUCUUUGGCUUGGAGCAUGUAAGAUAUCUUGAUUUAUCAGGCAAUUUCUUUCAGAAAAUACCGUUGACAUUUUUUCAGUCAUUCCCAAACGUCAUGACACUGUAUCUGGAAAAUAUUCAUUUUGAUACUGAUUUGAUGUCUAACAUGAGUUCACAAAUAUUGUUCAGUCCUCUCAAAAACGUCCAUUCUUUAGACUUAUCCCAUAACGCUUUUUAUAGAAUGUAUGCUCAGAUUUUCGGGAAUCUUAAGACUUUAAAACAUUUGAACCUAAGCCACAACAUGUUUGAAGAUGUUCCUAUUGAAUUGUCUGGAAUGUUGAGCAUCUCUCAAAUUGAUCUUUCAUUUAAUUCUAUCAGUUUUCUGAGGGUCAACACCAGAACAAUGUUAGAUCAAAGGGUUCUUGUUUCCCAACCAAUUUCACUUGACCUCCAUGGGAAUAUCCUGUCUUGUGGAUGUGGAACCCUAGACUUUCUGACAUGGAUAAUUGACACAGAUGUCCAGUUUCGACACUUCGAUUCAUACAGCUGUAUCAACACUGAGGGUCAGCUCAUUAAACUUUCAAAUAUUACCAGUUCCUUUAGGAGACACUGGAGAUCUUGCUAUGGUAGAUUUUGGCUUGCCUUUUCAGUUUGUCUGAUGUGUGUACUGAUUUCUGGUCUUGUCGUUUGUCAUUUGGUGUUGAAAAACACCAUUUCUUUAAAAUACUGGAUAUUGAGGUUGAUAGGGUUUGAUUAUUUUGUACCACGAAGACAAGAUUUUAAGUAUGACAUAUUUAUUUACUAUUCUCAACAUGAUGAUUAUCAAUGGGUGUGUACUACGUUUCUACAGAAAGUAGAGGUAGAGAAAGGUCUGCGACUUUGCAUACCAGACAGGGAUUUCGAUGUGGGCGUUUGUGCAGCUGAAGAAAUUAUUAAUUGUAUUCACAACAGCUGGAAGACUGUCCUGUAUAUAACAGAGACCUUUCUUCAGGACGAAAUGUGUUCCUUUACACUCUCAUCUGGGGUCUAUGCAUGUAACAAUAACAUGCCCAAGAGACUAAUACUUCUAUAUUCCGACACCAUCUUGCAUCACCCUCUACCACCAUUACUCACUCAGCUUCUGGAUGGAGAUAAUGUGUUUGUUCUGGGAGAGCUGGUAGAAAAUAGAGCCUGGCAACGAUUCUUUGAACAUGUGUUGAAGUGGAUCUGA